AUAUUAUUUUACAGGGUCUCUAUCAAUGAUUGUAACAUCGCGUUUUGAAAUUUUUUCUGUGCUACUUUUUACGUAAAGGCUUUCGAACUAUAGAUUGUCGCCCACUAUGUUGGUAGACUCAUUCAUAAGGAAAGAGCCUGUAUCUACGUUUCAGGCAUAAUUCAAUCAAUUUGUGGAGCUUGGCACUUUGCGAUUUAGUCGCAAAGUGUCCUAGUUAUGAUCUGAUAACGCCUCUGAUAAACUAACACUCAUUUUGCUGACUUUAGAAAAAGGCUGUUGAUUACUUUAUCAAGAAAUUUUAACAAUUCAUUUAUUAUCCAUUACAAUUUAGUAGUACAACCAAGUCACGAAUACUCUCCAGUUUGUUUCGAUAAUAUACAUGUCCAAUUACACCCCAGAAAAUUAGAUAAUGAAAGCACUACUUUAUGUCAACAGGACUAAAAUAACGUUCCGAAAUUAGUCAGAGCCAAUUAAUCAGUUCCCCAAUUAUAAUAGUUGAACACGUCACUACUAAUUACAACUGUAAACCUUCGCAGAGCAGGGACCAUGACGAGGGAAAAUGACACCUAAAUCGGGGUGCAAUAAGACCCAACGUCAAGAAACAAUCGAGCAUCAAGUCCCACCCAGCGCGCGAAACGCUUGGCGGGAAUCCGGUUCGUAUCCAAAAUGGCGGUAGGGUCGAGAAUCGCGGGUACGUCCGGAAAUCGACUUUGGGUUAGUUUAUUGGAUGGUUUCAGGAUACGCCUCUUUUAAGGGAACCUUUUCAGGAUAGAAUAUUAGGGAGUAUCUUGCUAAGUGAAGCCGCAGUGCACGAUACUCAAAUUGGAGUCGUCAGUCUGUCUCUGCAUUCGCUCAUGAGCGGUCCAGGCUCAAUUUGAACAACGAGAAAAAUUACAGCUUGAUUGUGAUCCCUUCAUAUGCACGAUAGUUUUCGUUCGAGUGUUUGACGAUUGUGAGGAAAUUUGAAUUUUGGACUUUGUGCAACGUGAAAAUGAGUGUAUAUCCUACGCGAGAAUACAGAUCUAGCAUAGAACCCUAAGAUUAUCGGUGUAAUAACAUAGUGCAUCCCUAAAAACAUGAACAAUGAUAAUUUAGACACGAUUCACGUGACUGCGCCGAGUAUAAUAAACAAGCCAUCUCAGACAAUGCCGCAACGUUCGCCUUUUGCCAUACAGGAGCUUCUAGGCCUGUCAGAUUCGCAACACAGGUCUCCGACGGCAGCAGUUUCCGCUAUAACGCCUAAUGUUUACCCUCAAAGACACAUGCAGGGGCCUACAUGCUUCCCGACGGAUCACGGCUUCAAUCAUCAUCACAUGACUAUGGCCGCCAGCCGCAUGGCAUAUUUUAACGCACACGCGGCUGUUGCUGCGGCUUUUCUGCCGCAUAAUAUAGCCGCAGCGGCUGGCAUGAACGCCGGUGCUGGUGGACACAACCCGGCGGCCGUGUUGGGUUUGACAGGACACCAAAACAGUCCAGCUGGUUUCACCCAGCUCAAAAAUUCGUUCAGUUCCUCUGGACCUGGGCCAUGUUUGCCAGGUCAGUUAGAUAGUUCCAAAGAAUUCACGAUAGGAGAUGGUUUAGGUUUAAAUAAAAAGAAGAAGAAGAAGCGGCGUCAUAGCAGGACGAUCUUCACCAGCUACCAGUUGGAGGAACUGGAGAAGGCGUUCAAAGAUGCACAUUAUCCAGAUGUCUACGCCAGGGAAAUGUUGAGCCUGAAGACGGAUUUGCCGGAAGAUAGGAUACAGGUAUGGUUCCAAAACAGGAGGGCGAAAUGGCGGAAAACGGAAAAAUGCUGGGGCAGAAGUACAAUAAUGGCCGAAUAUGGACUCUACGGUGCAAUGGUCCGACACUCUCUACCUUUACCCGACACGAUACUCAAGAGUGCCAAGGAGAACGAAUGCGUUGCGCCAUGGCUGUUAGGAAUGCACCGGAAAUCGCUGGAGGCCGCCCAACACCUGAAGGAAGAUUGCAACACAGCCACCAGCAGCGACCACGAGGAAUCGGCGUCCAUGCGGACGGAAGCGAGCGACACGAGCGCCUCCUCCGGGCAGCAGACGACGCAGGCGCAGCCGGGACCCGCUCACGUGACUUCCGGCGGCGACAAUAAGGAACAGAAGCCGGGCGGCGGUUUCGUCGAGGACCCCGAGGCCUUCCGCAACAACUCCAUAGCCUGUCUGAGGGCGAAAGCCCAGGAGCACAGCGCCAAACUCCUCAACCACAACCUGCUGAUGCACCACCAUCACCAGGUCGGGCAGCAGGACGCGAACGCCAACAAUUUGAUGCACCAGGAGGCGGCGAUGCAGUCGUCGGACACGUCGCCCAUCUUCUGACAGAAGGAUCUCGUCAAGUUAGAAUAGUUAUUUUUGUGAUCGCAUUAGCCUUCUUUGAGGUUGUCGGGGAAGCAAUGAAAUUCGGUCGUGCGAUAUUUUUGCCGUCUGAGAUGGAAGUAUAGAAGGCUAGAUAGGGAAAUGAUUGAUGAUGCAAGGUAGGUGGCUUACAGAGGUACUGUAUACGUCGAUAGUUAUAAAGCGUCUUGAAGGAUUCAAAAAAUGUACAGCAACACCAAAAUUAUGCAAGUUUGAUGUCCGUUUUUUGACAGUUCUACCAACAUAGUCACGAUUUCGUUCAGGGUACUGAUUUUUUCAGCUCGAAAUAAGAUCAGGAAUAGUAUUUUUUAACCCUAACGUUUAUCUAUUUAUUAUUUGAGAUGAAAUAUCUGAAAGAUCACGCUGAAAAUCCUGGAAACAUCUACUAUUCACACAGUAUCCGGUAAAGGUCCAUGUCUCUAGCCCCCCAAAUUUGAAUUUUUCACUUGUUUUAACGCUAAAGUUUUAUACUAGUUUUUCACCGAAAUGUACCGUUAGAUAGAAGUUUUGUACUAUAUAGAUGAGCUAGAACAAAACGGACGGAACUCU